CUCACCGGCUUAGGAGUCGCUUUGGGGCCGGACCGGUUUGGGUUAACUUAGGGCACCUGACUGGGCCGCACCGGCUGUGCCAGAUACGUAUGUUUUUACUAAAAAUAAAAAUAAUAUAUGUGUAAACUGUUGUGUGUGAAAGUAUAUGUAUAAAAAUCUUUAUGUAUGAAUAUGCAUAUAUAUGUGUAUGUAAAAUAGGUGUGCGUUUGUAUGACAUACAUACGUGUAACUCAUAAUGUAACCUGAUUAGUGAUCGAUCACGUGCACCCCACUACAAUUCAUGUUUAGACCAUGCAGUUAAUGUUUGGGACGAAUUAUGAUAACUUGCAAGGAAUUGUAUAAGACUACACUAUUGACAAGACAAGCGUGUUUAUCCCCGAUGCUAAUUCAAGCCCUUAUUCUUGAAUUCGAUAAGUAUUUGAAUACUUUCAGAGAGGGAAUCGGGAAUCAUGAUGUUAUUGGUUAGUUUAGUGACGCGAGCUUUCAUUAUGCUGUCAGACAUAUCCCAGAUUAGGUCUCUCUGCAGGUAAUUGAGGAGCAGUUAUUGAUGGUGCAAAAUGGCUCAGUCCACCAGAAGGAAGCCUCACACGACGAUUUUGAACCAUAUCUUACUGGCCAAUCUAAUCAGAGCAACAGCUAUCAGUCGAUGACCGACCCGUACCUGUCGAGCUACUACGCCCCGUCUGUCGGGUUCCCCUACCCGCUCAGCGACGCCCCCUGGUCCACUGGUGGAGACCCGCCUGUCCCCUACCUGACCCCCUACGGACCCCUAAGCAAUGGCGAUCACCAUUUUAUGCACGACACUGUUUUCGGGCAACCGGGGGGGCUUGGCAGCAGUCUCUACCCCCACAGGUUUAACUUCUUCCCGGAGAGCCCUGCGUUCUCCGCCUGGGGCACCGGUGGCUCCCAGGGGCAGCAGGCGGCGAGCUCUGCCUACGGCGGAAGCUACAGUUACCCGCCCAGCUCCCUAGGGGGCACUCUGGUGGACGGACAGACGGGGUUCCACAGUGACACCUUGAACAAGGCGCCCGGGAUGAACAGUUUGGAGCAAGGCAUGGUGGGGCUGAAGAUCGGGGGUGAUGUGGGCGGCUCGGCUGUCAAGGCUGUGGGCUCUGUUAUUGGGGGCUCGGUGAUGGGUAAUGGGGGUCACGCCGUAGGCUUGCCGCCGCCCAAACCCACGUCCUGGGCAUCUGUGGCCAGCAGGCCUGCCAAGCUCCAGCUCAAGACCAAGGUGAAGCCGGUUGGUGUCCUGCCCCCGGGGGCCAUCAAGCACAGCAUGGACAUCGGCACCUGGGACAGCAAGGGGCUGAUCAACAAGGUGGUCCCGCCCAUCCAGCCGGGCCCCCACCCCCUGCAGCAGUCUCCCCAGUCCAUGGCACCUCCUCUGCCCAUGCCCCCCGCUGCUUUGCCCCCCGCGCAGCUGCCCCUGCAGUCUUACCACAGCCAGGGCCUGCCCCCGCAAGCCCGCUGGGUGGCCCCCCGCAAACGCAACCUGGCAUAUGCCCAGGCCGGCAGCACCGAGAGCAGCAGCUCCUCCAGCGGCAGCAACGGAGGCCCCGUCUCCGGGGGUCUGGGGCCCGGCGGGGACCCCCACCCCGUGCUGGAGAAGCUGAGGGCCACCCACAGCUACAAUCCGAAGGACUUCGACUGGAACCUGAAGAUGGGCCGCGUGUUCAUCAUCAAGAGCUACUCGGAGGAUGACAUCCACCGCUCCAUCAAGUACUCCAUCUGGUGCAGCACGGAGCACGGCAACAAGAGGCUGGACGGCGCCUACCGCUCGCUGGGCGCCAAGGGGCCGCUCUACCUGCUCUUCAGCGUCAACGGCAGCGGGCACUUCUGCGGCGUGGCCGAGAUGCGCUCGCCCGUGGACUACGGAACCAGCGCCGGCGUGUGGGCGCAGGACAAGUGGAAGGGCAAGUUCGACGUCAGCUGGGUGUUCGUCAAGGACGUGCCCAACAGCCAGCUGCGGCACAUCCGGCUGGAGAACAAUGAGAACAAGCCGGUGACCAACUCACGGGACACGCAGGAGGUGCCGCUGGAGAAGGCCAAGCAGGUGCUGAAGAUCAUCGCCACCUACAAGCACACCACCUCCAUCUUUGAUGACUUUUCUCACUACGAGAAGCGGCAGGAGGAGGAAGGGGUGGUGCGCAAGGUAACUACACUUCCCAUGAAACCUCAACAGUAGGUCUUACUCUAACAAAUCUCCUGCCUUUCAACCUCUUGCACACAGUCUGCAAUAACUGCUACCCGCCCCCCACCAUGUGGUCACAUCACUUAUAAUGAAGACCUCUUCCCACAACUUGUAUUAUUUAACUUGAUUUAGAGGUGCUCAUUUUUCUUAUUUAAUAUAUAUAUAAAUCAGGAAAGUUGGAUUCAUUGGGGGGGGGAGAUUAUUGUAUGUUCUGACGCCUUUAUCCCGCACAGGAUCGUGGGAGAGCCUGUCCCAAGCCACAAAGGUCAGUGUUUCCCAACCCAGUCCUCAUGGACCCUCAGACAGUCCGCAUUUUUGUUCUUUCACUGCUCGCAGCACACUCAUACCAGGUAUUCAGUGUUCUUGAUUGGCUGGGAGCUGGGGGGGGAGCAAAAACGUGCACUGUCUGAGGAUUCCAUGAGGACUGGGUUGGGAAUAACUGGCAUAUGGCACCUUUCAGGGCACACUCAUGUACAGCCUAGGGACACUUGGUGAGCUCUGCGUCACAUUUUUUUGAUUGGGAGUGUAAAGCUGUGUGAAAUGGGGAGAGUUCGCCAGACAGGAGGUGUGAGGAUGCAGCCUGGCCAAAAAGAUGGUUCUGUGUGGAGUCUAACAUGGCAUGAAACGGCUAUGGUUGUGUGGACUUCCCCGUUGAGGAAACUCCUACGUCAAUUUCUGCCCCACUGUCUGACGCUGUCUGAACAAGUCCGUCCCAGGAGCUAUUAAGUUAAUUCACCGAUUAAAUACAUUUCGGUCCAGAGCUGAACAGAACUUAUCUACCAUACAUUCGCUGAAAAUUCUGGCGAUCGGCAUUUUGCCUGCUAGUCCCAGUUUUAAAACUGUAAAUGGAGUUAUGCGGUGUACAUGUGAUGAAGGACGGAGCUUUUAGAAUUUGCGGGGUUCGGGUCCUUCGCGUAUUGCAGUGCCCUGGAGACUGGUUUUUAAAAACCGUCCACAUUUUGUUUUCUAUGGCUUUUUUUCUGUAGUCACUUAAAUAUCGGUGCUGGCGAGGAUUACCCCAGCCCCACCUUACAUCGUCGUUUUUUCGGGGGGGGCAUUAAAAAUGCCUGUGAAAUGUUAUUUCUCGUUGCGUCGGGCGGAAGCAAGCGGCGUGUCUCUGCACUAGGAUUUUCCGUUACAGCUUACCGAAAACGGGGCUCUUCGCAGAGGAAAGUGCGUUUCCUCCGCACAGAACUUCGUACAGACGGUGCCGUUACAUGUAAUGUAUAUACUGUAAUCUGGCGCGAUGCUGAAGGAUCCGUGAUCUUACGGACUUUGUAGUACGGAGUGCUGUCAGAAUUGCAAUAGCUCGUGUACCCGGAAUGAGUGAGAGUGCAGUAAAUCUGCAGCCAACCUUGUUGAAAGUCCCUGAGAAACGCUCGUGGAGGACCAUGAUAAAAAUGGCGUUUUCACGACCCCCCCCCUCCCAGCCCGUGCCCAUCUCCCAGCCAUGCCAAAAUCACGUCAAGCAAUAGAAGACUGUAUUGCUGACCAGAAUAAUGGUUACACUAGUACUUCUUUUCAGUUUUUAAAAUGAGUAAUUUUUAUGGGUUUUUUUCUCUUUGUGUAUAUUUAAGAAAAUUCUGUUUGAAUGAGCUCCAGGUUCCUCUCUUCUGCAGGGAUAAUGAGUGUGUAUGUUGGCUGCAGUAUUUUACCCUGUUUACUCUGAUUGUAUGUGUAAUGCCCCCCCCCCCCUCCUUUUUCUCUUUAAUUAAAUCAGGAUUCAAUGGAAGCAGACAUUUUUCAAAUGUAUAUUUUGUUCAAACUUACGUGUACUAUCCUUACUGUCCACUGGGUGGUGUAGUUUCCUUUUAAGGGGUUUGCGGUGCCUUAUGGCUGAGGAUCCCAGGGGCAGUGAUACAUGUUAACGAGACUGAGUCAAGAACUUUUAGUGUUUAAAAAAAAUAUAUAAUAAAAAAAAGUCAAAAUGUAUUUUGUUGUAUAUUAUUGUAAAAAUUAAAGUAUAUCCAGAAACUUUCUUUUUCUUUUUGGAAUAAUAUUGCGGGAAAUAAAGCUGUUCUUUGUCUCUAAGGGGAAGAUGUCCAGUCUCUCAGAGUAACAAUAAAAAGAUCAGAUGGACAAUCUCCUGUCUGGUUCUGUCCGACUCUCAAUGGCAAUUCUGAUCUUCCCAUUAAAUUGCGCCAUAUUGUCCAUGAAAAACUGAUAUUUGCGUAUACGAGGUGAUGGAGGUGAUGCGUUUUAUGCUCGAUAGACGUAGAGAGUACAAAGAAAUAUUUUAAGACAAAAAUUGUGACGAUGUAAUUGCUGCAUUUGUGUGUGAAUCAUUUUGUUCUCGAAUUACAUCUUUGGGGGGGGGGUCUUCAUUUUCGGGCUUUAUUUCUUUGUUUUUCCUUGGUUGCCCUUGCAAAGCUUGGCUUUAAUGCAGGAGUGCAAGUGUUCAUGGGAGAUGGAGUGCAAGUGUUCAUGGGAGAUGGAGUGCAAACGGAGGCUCACUUCGGUGAUUUACUGUGGAGAUGAAGGUGAUUCGUGUGAAUUCUUGAGAGAUGGUAUUUGUGAAUGCCAUUUUCAUUAGGGAAUGAGGGAACCUUUGACUUGCUGAAUGAAAGAAACGGAAAUGGGAAUUAAGAAAAAUCGCCGGGUUUCUGCAGCGGACACUGAAGUGAUCCCUGGCUGGUGAGUUGUAAGUGGAGCAUGUCACUUAGUAGAAGUGGGCCCUGUAAUUCUGUUCCUGUCCUUGCAUUCAGCCAGAUGACAGCUGGUAAUGUCAUGGCCAAUGAAUUGGAUUAAUAUCCUACAGGAUGCACGUAACUCCCAGAGCAGGACGGUGGCCAAAGUCCUUGACCAAGGCGUUAACCUAAACGUGUUGCAUAAGCUCUCUAGCCAUACGAGUGGUACCUCUGACACAAACACGCCCACUUCCCCAACCGCUGGGACGGGCACUUCGUAGAAGCCCCAUCAGACAUUUGUUCCUGCCCCAAUUUCAAAAUGGCCUUCGGACGAUGAGGUAUUCUGCCAUUCGCGCAGAAGUGUCUGCUUUCAGUGCCUAUUAAUCUGUCGGCUUCAUCCCGCAAAGCCUGAAGUGUUUCAUAAAUUAGCUCCUCUCAUUUAGCCUUUUUCCUGUGUUCUCCCCGCCUAAUUAUUAGUGUGUUGUUGUGCAGAUAGUUUGGAGUUUGCUUGGUGGUCACCCUUUUGGUCUUAUGGAUGGCCCCAGCUCAUAGCAUUUUUAAUCACAUCCUAGCCUGCAUGUUCCUGAGAGUCCGAUGGAGGUCGUCGGGUCGGGGGGGGGGGGGGAGAGAGAUCCUUGUCUUUGAGUGUAGAAGCAUGAAAUGCAGCCCAGGCCAGUCGUUCUGGUGCAGGAAUAAAAAAAAAUGCACGUGCGCAUCAUUUGGUGUUUCCAAAAAUAUUAAUGAUGAAAGAUCUUGGUUUAAUAAUAAUAAUUGAUAAUUAAACUAUGAUAUUUUAGCCUUUUAAUGAGGCCACUGUUGCUGUUAGUGGUUAAAAUGCCUGUAAGGGUUGAAAAAGCAUUAGGUUUUAAUUUUUUUCCCUUGUUCAUUUAGAAGAAUUUAAGCCUUAAUAAAUGAAAUCUAUUUAGCAAACUUUGGCUUUUGGCUUUAUUUCCAGUUCUUUUUUCCUAUGGAUGGAGACCGCAGAGAGGUUUUGGUCAUAUGUGACUGUAAAAGCAACCUGGAGAGAAUCUGCCCUCUUUACAUUGUUCUAACAAUAUUUCACUCCCUUAUGUCUGGCAGUGCUGUUGACAUAAAACACAUUUACUCAAAUAGUGUCUUCAAUAUCCAUUUCACCAGCAUAUAACGCCUGGGCUUUAACUGAUUUUCUGCACUGUAAUAUUCAAUUUUGAAGAAAAUGUGUAAGGAGACGUUUUUUAGACCAGUAUAUUAAUUAUGUUCAGCCCCUGACUCAAUUAAUAUCCGUAGCCUGUGCGCGUUUUAAGAUCAUGUUACUUUUAGUCACUUUAAGUUGUAAAUUGUACCAAAUGCAUCUCAUUAAUACCAAACCAAUUAUGACUUGUAGUAUAAGAAACUGCCAUUAGAUGGAGCCAUUCUGUUUUAAAAUGCUGAUCGAACACAUUUACUAAAGUGUAAAAUAUGUCCUUUUCGAGUAAUCUUUUUAAAGGCGUUUACUUUGGCAUUCAUCAUAUGACUUAGGCUACCUUGUGUCAAAAAUCCAUCUUACGGAAGUGUCGAUUUCCAUAACGGUGAGCGGAGAGCUAUCCUUGGUGCUGACUUAAGUUGUCAGAGUGUAGCGAUAUAUUUUCCUGUCUAGCAAAGUUCGUUUAUUAUAAUAUAGAAAAAAAAAUUGAGGAACAACAGAAUGUAGCGAAUAUAUCAUGCAAUAUAUAGGAUCCAUAGUGCAUAUUGUGUAAGCGAUGUCAUUUUGCAACAGGAGAAUAAAUAAAAAUAAAAAAUGGCAUGAAAGAAAUGGCUUUGGAGUAAUGCAUCUGGAAUAUGAAAUCAUGACAUUGAGCACGUGCCCACUGGAUUGUGAUAGCUGACCGCGGUUUUGUGUGUUUUUGUUUUGUUUUUUUGUUUUUUUUGUCAGCACCUUUCGUCGCAAUUCAUUUUUCAAUCCCAAACAGCCUCUUCCUCAGCAUAAAGGUUGUACAGCGCAUAUCCGUCGUUGCGCGUCAGAAAAUGCCAGUUUUGGCCACGCCGCAAUCGGUAGGUCUGUGUCUCUGGUUAUGGACCAAAAUUUGCAGAAAUUAUAGAACUAUAGUUAUGCCUUUUCUUACUAUAGCAGUCGAUCCUUGGGCCGUUAAUGAAAAGCAGAGAGCUGCUUCUACGACCAAAGCACCGUCUCCGGAUUGCGAAACGAUGCAGGUCUAUAUAUUCCGCAUGUGAAACUGGCGGGUAAUCAUGGUUCCCUUAAUAGAUGCAUGCAUUACAAAUUCAGGUCAAAUGUUUAUAUGAUCUGAAAACAUCGCAAUAUUUGUUACGUUAUCGCAUCGUAGUUGAUUCUUUAUCGAAAAACGCGAAGUCCUCCAAAUGGACUUCAUAUAUUAAACAAAUAGUCCAAAUGAGACAAAAAAAUACAUUCAUGUUAAGUAAUAAUUAAUGUUUGACGUUUUAAAAACCAAUUGUAUUUCAAACGCAUUUCAUAGUUCAUAUCCCCAUGGAGCAUUAUUUUACCAAAUGAACUAAGAAUCCAGUGUAGGCCUAAUCAUUGCCCGAUUUUAGAGUUGAAAAUAGACAAUUCGAUGGCAUGAUUUCAAUAACGUAUAUGCUUGUUUCCACCACGUCGAGUUAGAUUGCUGACACAGUCUGCGGUUACAUUAGUGCGUAGCAGUAUUCAAAUGCUUAGUACACCUAAGCCUGUGUAAAACCUUGGUGGUAUUUUAUAAAACCUAAGUACAAGAAUGAUUACAAGAGGAAAGCAGCUCUGCAUGCCAUUUUCAUCAAUCUAUAAUCAAACGGAGUAAUUCAGAGUAAAAAUCACCUGUUUCGCGGGGUACCGUUAUGUCUCUACGCUGCAAGAACGCGAAGUGCAAUCCUGGUCGACAGAGGCCUGAAUAAUGCAUGAAAACCCCGGUGUUUUCUGAAAUCAAGGUCAAAACAUAAUCACACCGUGAACCAAAAACAUCAGCACACUCUGCGUUUGCCUGUUGAAGAACAGUCCGCUUGACCACUGGAGCUGAGGCUAAAAUUAUUCCAUUUGAUCCAUCAGAAACGUUUAUUUCAGGCCAUUGGGUUUAUUUUUGAAUUUUCAUGUUGGCCUAAAUGAAAAGUACAUAUCUCGUGGAGCAGACCCCACUUUUAUAAUAUACAUGUCAGCAGUCCACUAACAUGCAUGAUUGCGAUAUAAUAACCAUUAGUAUUCAAACCUUGGACAUCGCGUGCCCCCUGUUCAAGACAAAAUCACACGAACAAUUCAAUGGUAUAAUCACAAUUUAUUAAAUUCACAAUCUUACAAGUAAUAUGCAAAUAUGUGCGUCUAUAAUAAGGAACCGUUUCCAGAAUCUGAACGGAAAAAUUCAAUUAUGUUCAGAAAAAAACGUGGCGUGCAAAACAGACCGAUAGCAAAACGCAUAGAUGCCUAAAAUCAAUACGUCUGAAUAGUCCAUAAAACGUUUCCAAGGCGUAUUUUGGAUCAGCAAGUGACCGCACCCAAAACAGCAUUAAAUCUCAAUGUAUAUAUGCUCUGAGGGGUCUGAGCUGAGAGCCACGAGUUAAAUUCUGAGCGUUGGGGCGAAUGUCUGCAGGAAAAUGUGGUUUUAAAAUUUUAAAACAUUUUCAUUUGUUAUUACAGUACUAACUGUACCCCUUUGAUAACAUCAGAAUUCUGAUACAUAAACUAUCAUUUUGAACUGAGCAUUUUGGAUUAAGCUGAAUUAAUGUGGUUUACUGCUGGCGUUUUGUAUAAAACACAUGUCCUUUUUUCUCGUUUUAUGUAAAUUUAUUUUUCGUCCAUUUCUUUAUAUUUUUUCUUUCUUUCUUUUAAGGCGAUAGAUGAGGCGGAUGCUGUUCUGUUAAUAAGCUCGCCAAUAAAGC